AUGGCACCGACCAGCGCGGCGAUUGCUGGCUUGCUGAAGCAAACCGUAUACUAUCACCUCGACAACCUCGCCCACCGUAAUGCUCUCUUCUUUGCCGAAAGGUUACAUGCUCACGAUCAGCGGUCCCCCGAGUCCUCAUACCUCCUCGCCCUCUCUCAUCUUCGCCUCGGCGACUCCCGAUCCGCAUACGAAGUCAGCAAGCCGUCAGGAUGUCGAGGGGUUCAUCUGGGAUGCACCUUCGUAUUCGCACAGUCCUGUUUGGACCUGGAACGGUACAAGGAUGGGAUCACAGCGUUAGAGAAGGCCCGGCCGUCCUGGGCGGCCAAGUGUAGCAUAGGGAGGCACACGACUUCAACCCGGGCUCCAUACCCCGAUGCGGCAGCAGUGAGCUGCCUCCUAGGAAAGCUGUACCGGGGAUAUGAUGACAAAAAGCGAGCGGUUUCUUGUUUUGAGGACGCGCUAAGAGCCAAUCCCUUCAUGUGGGAUGCAUUUACCAUCCUCUGCGAUAUGGGCGUCAAUGUCAUGGUGCCGAAUAUUUUCAAGCUUAACGACGGUUUCGCUCGCAGCUUCGACCAGGAUCCAGGUGUGGCUAACAUCGACUCCAGCGGAGGACCUCCGGAUCCGUUACAAAGGAAAACAGGCAUACAGGGCGUCAACCACGACAGUGACCCCUUUGAGGGUCAUCGCUCUACUGCUUUUCAGGACGUUUCGAGCAACAAUAUGCUCUUUGUCGACCCUGGCGAGAAUGACUUGUCGACAAGGCCAACAGCCGCUCAGUCAAGAUACGCAGCAAGCAAGCACGGGUCCGAGGGGAUGGAAACGCCGACCGGCUCCGCGGUUGUUCCCGAAACGCAGCAACCUCGCAUCGCCUUUCCUUUAGAACCCCCAUUAGCUCCGACUCGCCGAACGCGGGUAACACACGCCUCAGAACCCGCUUUUCUGGAUGCUCCGCCGAAGAUGAGCUACCGGUUAGGUUCUAGAAAGAGGGACAAGAUCCAAGAUCAGAUGUCGGAACCCCCAGAACCAACCAUGAGAGGACCCGCUCUUUCCCAGUCAAUCACAGAAAGGAAACGCACAGCAUCAGGACACCCCGUCCAGGCGCGGCCUACGAACGGCGAGGAACCAAGGAGGAGCGCUAGGUUAAACGUGGCCCCAAGAACAACGUCAAGGACGAAUAUGAAUAUAUCCACGACCGGCACAACCGCCACCCGCGAGUUGAAGAAGGCUAGGCCCCCCAUCUCCAGGAUUGGGCGCCCAGGGUCAAGUGGGACCAGCGUCGGUCGGGUUGUCAGUGGGAACCGGAAACCCCUGGAAGAGAAUACUAUGGAUAUUGACGAACCGCCGCGGAUCAAGGAGCUGCCUGUGGCGCAGAUCCCGCCACCUAAAGCAGCAGAGCCUGAGCCGGUGAAGGCAGACGAAGGCCUGAAAUGGAUCCUAGACUUCUUGAAAAAGAUCGCGUCUGGGUAUCGCCUCUCCUCGCAGUUUCGGUGUCAAGAAGCACUGGCUGCUUUCUCAUCGCUCCCCCGAAGCCAUCAGGACACGCCAUGGGUGUUGGCACGGGUAGCAAAAGCCCACUAUGAGUUGGCUAAUUAUGCAGAUGCAGAACGGAUCUUCAGGCGCCUCCGCACGCUCGCCCCGACGCGGCACGAGGACAUGGAGUUCUACUCGACCGUUCUUUGGCAGCUUAGGAAAGGGACCGAGCUUUCGUUUCUCGCGCAUGAGCUGACCGACAUGGACUGGGACUCGCCGCAAGCGUGGUGCGUGAUGGGGAACGCUUUUUCUCUGGAUUGCGACCACGAGCAGGCGUUGCAGUGCUUCAAGCGAGCCAUCCAUCUUCAGCCGAAUUUCUCAUACGCCUACACCUUGCAGGGCCACGAACACGUGGAGAACGAAGAAUAUGACAAGGCCUUGGUUUCGUAUCGACGCGCGGUUGCUGCCGACAAGCGCCACUACAACGCCUAUUACGGCAUCGGGAAGGUCUAUGAAAAGCUGGGCAACUACGACAAGGCCCUGAGCCAUUACCACGCCGCGUUGGUGAUUCACCCCGCCCAUGCCGUUUUAAUUUGCUGCUUGGGCACGGUGUUGCAGAGACAGAAGCAGAUCGUACAAGCUCUUCCUUAUUUUAUCAAAGCAGUCGAGCUGGCGCCUCGGGCGCCUGAGAUGCGAAGCAAAAAGGCCGGGGCAUUGCUAGCCACCGGGCAGCUGGAGGAAGCGAAGAGGGAGCUUAUGAUUUUGAGGGAUGUUGCCCCGAAUAACGCCCAGGUUCACUUUCUGCUCGCCAAACUCGCCAAGACAGUCGGGGACAAGAGGACGGCCGCGAGCGGGGAGAUCAAAAACGAGAUCGGCGGGCUCGAGGACGAUGACUGUUUGGACGACUCCAUGAUGCAUUAG